GCUGUUCUUGGCUCUGUGUGCAUCGUAUGAACAAAAUGGCCCAACGACCAUAUGAAGUCUUUUCUUUCAAAGACUCUGAACUUGCAUCCCACCUUCUCGCCCAGCUCAACGCCCUUCGUCAGGCGCGCGUCCUGACGGAUGUCCUCUUAUGCACGGAGCACCAGGAGAUCCCCUGCCACCGCAACGUUCUGGUGUCCAGCAGCCCGUACUUCCGCGCCAUGUUCUGCAGCAACUUCCUUGAGAGCAGCCAGGCCCGGGUCAACCUGAAGGGAAUCUCGUCGCGUGUCCUCCUGGGGAUUGUGGACUAUGUGUACACAGGUUGCAUCACCAUCACCCUGGAGAUGGUUCUCCCACUCAUGCAGGCUGCGUCCAUGCUCCACUAUGGUGGUCUGUUCGAGGCCUGCUCGGCUUUCCUCCAGGAGCAGCUGAGUCCGGAGAACUGCCUGAGCAUGAUUAGGCUCUCCGAGAUUCUCCACUGUGAGAGCUUGAAGGAGCGAGCGAGAGAACUUGCUGCGCGGUGCUUCUCGGACGUGGCUGGCACCGAGGAGUUCUGCGAGCUCUCCCUUCAGGAGCUCAUGUGCUACCUGGAGGACGACCGCCUGUGCGCCGAGGAGGAGCAGGUGUUUGAGACUCUCUUGGCGUGGAUCCACCACGAUCCGUUCUCGAGACGCGGGGCGAUCCACGACCUCUUCAAGAAGGUGCGCCUGCGCUACAUCCAUCCGACGUACCUCUUCCAGUUCAUUGCCAAUGACCCGCUGGUGCAGUCGUCCUCUCUCUGCAUCGAGAUCAUCGAGUCGGUGCGCCGCCUCAUGCUCUCCGUGACAUCCGGGUGUAGCCAUGAGCUGAAGCCCCUAUGGACCACGCCACGGCGGUACACCUGCCAGGAAACGCUGGUGGUGGUGGGCGGGCGCAAGAACAACGAGCAGACUUCCAGGGAGGCGUUGCUUUACGACGAGAGCACCCAGCGCUGGCAGUGGUUGGCCAAGUUGCCCCUCAGACUCUACAAGGCCGCCUACGUGUGCAUCCACAGCAUCCUGUACGUCCUUGGCGGGCUCAGCCUCUGCAUGGGGUCGGGCCACAGCUCGGUCAGCGCCGCCGUUUACACGCUCUCGCUCAAGACCAACCAGUGGCGCACUGCCGAGCACAUGCUGGAGCCUCGCUACGGCCACCAGAGUGUCUCCUUCUUGCACUUCAUCUUUGUGCUGGGCGGCAUCGGCGUGGACAAGCAGAUCUCGCGCUCGGUGGAGAGAUACAACAGCAUGUUCAACCGGUGGGAGGCCAUGGCGCCCAUGCCCACCGCCGUGCUGCACCCGGCGGUGGCCGCCUGCGAUCAGAGGAUCUACGUUUUCGGAGGGGAGGAUGCUCAGCAGAUCCCGGUCAGGCUCAUCCAGGUCUACCACAUCUCUCACAACGUGUGGUCCAGGUUGGAGACCAGGACGGUGAAGAACGUCUGCGGUCCGGCAGCCGUCAUUGAGGAUAAAGUCUACAUCGUCGGCGGCUUCACCAGGAGAAUGAUCGCCUACGACACCAAGGCCAACAAAUUCAUCAAGUGUGAGAACCUGAAAGAGCGGUGCAUGCACCACAGCGCCACCGUGGUCCACAGCAAGCUCUACAUCACCGGAGGGAGAACCCUGGCGGGCCACGACGCCAUCGAGGACUCGGACUGCUUCGAGUGCUACGACCCAAAGAGCGACGUGUGGACUUCCAAAGGGUCCCUGCCAUACAAGUUGUUCGACCACGGCUCGCUGGCCCUUGUUUGUGUUUCCAACAGACCAAAACCUCCGUGAUCCUCCUCUGGCAUCCAGGAUCCCAAAACAGCACCUACAACAACGGCAAGCACCUUUGAUGACCCAAUUGCUGUCCUCAGAACUCAGGCUGUUUUUAAUGCUGCAUUUCUACAGUACGUAUUUUUCCAGCCCACUAAAUUCCAAUCCAUACCAAAUUCCAAAUGAAAAACAUCUGUUUUUAGGAAAACCCAACUGCCCCAGCAGGGGGCGCUAUAACCUCAAGCCCUUACGGCCAUUUACAGCCAAUUGGGAGCAUGAAGAAAGUCAAUUGUGGAAAAGACACAAAUGCAAAUUGCACCACAA